AUGUCAGCAGUUAAAUCUACUUUGAAAGAUAUCUUUAAGUCAAAAGAAAAGUUAACCACGGAAUCUUUAGCGCCCUUGGUGAAUGGAUUGGCCAUAUUAUUCCCAAUAACAGAAACUUUGGAAAGGACCAUUGGGAAAGAGGAUGUUUCUGGUUUGGAUGAUGUUUUUAUUUCCUCGAUAGAAGCAAACUCGUCAAAUUUGUGGAAUGCUGCUACCAUAUGUUUAAAGGAUUGCAAUCCCGAUUUAGUAGAAUUCAUGUGUGAAGUCAAACUCUUGGGCUCAAUUUUGUUGUCUAUCCAUCAGAAUCUUAAAGAGUCCUUGGAUGGGAAACUUAGGUGUCUAAAGUGUAUGAUUAAGGUAUUUUCUAACUGUGUUGAUGAAAAUAAGUUCACUUUGGCCAGAAAGGCACAAAUAUAUGCUGACAAGUAUUUGACAUCACUCGAGAAAAUAGUACAUGAUUCAGAUCCUCAAAAGACAGAAUUAGAAUCUCAAAGAUUGGAUUUACUAUUCACAAAUGUUGAAAUGGCAAUCAAGGAUCAGGAUUUCAAAAUGGCCAACAUCUAUCUUUCAAGAUGUGAGUUAGAAAAAAAGGCAAAUAUUUCAAAACCGUCAUCCAUCAUUGAAUUUUGUAGGAAAAUCUUCAAUGCCUGUGUUUUAUUGAAUGAUACGGUGAAAGAAUCUACCCAAGGCGAGGCUGGAAAAGUUGUCAAUAAUAAUUUAGAAGACCAAGUAAUUGAUUUUUUGAAGAAAGCAGCCAAUUUCUUAAGUUUAGAAAUAAAGUAUGAGCCGAUAGCCAUAUAUAAAACUGUCAAGUUCAACAUUUUGAUGUUAUUGGUUGAAUGUUAUUUGAGAAAGGGUGACAAUGAAUCUUUGAUGAAAUGUGAAUCCUGCAUUUCAUUUUUGGAGAUGAUAUACCCAGAUAAAGCAGAGCCCUACAUCUUGGGAAUUAACUUGUUGAAAAAAACUAAACCAAUUGAUCUAGUAUUAUUCCAGCAAAUUGUGAUGAAGAUGAUUAUGAAUGUUGACAUGAAAAAUUGCUUUGAUUUUAUGCUUAGUACUAUCAACGACUUUUCGAAUUCGGAUGUUUUGAAUACCCUUCAUUGUUUAGAUUACUUGAUAACCAAUAAGCUAAACCAAGAAGAGCACAGUGAUAACUUUGAGUUGGCUGUAAAUACUAGGAUUUGGAUUACAAUUAACAAAGAGUACGAAGUUUCGGUGAGUACGAAAGCCAAAGAUCUUCAAGGAUUCAUGAAUUCUGUUGAGAAGAUGCUUACUAAAGGUCUUUCUAAGGAAGCUUGUUUAGGGGCAAUUGUGUUAUUUUGGACUACUGGUAAAAAGGAAUUGAAGAAGCACUGUGCAGAGCAUGCCAUUGAAUGGUUAAGAUUGGCAUCCCACAGAUUGAUUAUCCCUAAUUUGGAUGAUUUUGAAGAUGUUUGCAAAAUCCAGCGAAGUUUAAUCAAAGGCUAUUUGGAAUUGUAUCAAUAUGACCACGCUUUUGAGACUUAUCAGAAAAUGACAGAUAAGGAGCAAAAAAAUCCUUUGACUAUCUACUUGAUUUUCCAAAUUUUUAAAGCUCGUGAAGAUGAGGGGUCUCUUAGAAAAUGCAUCAAGCUUCUUGCUGAUGAUGAUUCAAAUCUUUCUGGCACUGUUUUAGCAGCCUGUCUUGCAGAGUUUAAAAAUAAUGUUGAAAUUAUUGUUGAAGGGCUUAUGGCUUUAAUAAAGCAUUCUGAAAGAGAAGUGGACUCAAUAUUAGUUGCAGUUGCUAUCAGAUGCAAUUUACAGUUAAUUUUGAGCGAAUCUGUGAAAACUAAUGAGCUUAAUAUAAAGAAAAGCUACUUUAAGCUUUUAGCUAGCCUUCUUCAAGCAACUUAUGGUUAUGUUUGUGGCUAUGAAAAACGAACGGAAUCACAGACGUCUUCAAAUGUUGAGAAAGCCAUAGAAAUUUAUUCUGCUGUCGAGAUUGAGUGGUUGAGUAGCAACUUAUUCAAUACUGCAAGAUAUUGUUAUGACUCUAAACUAUUCGCGGAGGGAUCAAGUUUAGCUAACUUUUCUCAGAAGUUUACAAUUUUAUUAUUAAAUAGAUGCGAUAAUUUAAACCAUAAAGAAGAUUUGGCAGUUUGGCAGAUGAAAACAAUGUUGCUAGAACUUUUGUGUGACUAUGAGCUAUAUAAAUUAGAUAAGAAAGGGGAGGAAGACCAAAGCGUUGAUAAAAUAACGGUGGAAAAAAUCAUCGGAAAGUCAAUCCUUCUAAAAGAGUUUAUAACCAAGAGAGGAUAUCCUUUGGAAAUUUGUGAUUCAGAACAUGCUAGUACAUAUGAAAAUAAAGAGUAUGGUAUUGGUGAAACAUUUGUUAGUAUUACGAAAACCAGCAAUUGCCCAAAGAGCACAUAUAAGAACAUUCUACAAAGUAUUCUCAACCAUGAAUUUGAAAGAGAGUCUAUUUCCAUUUCUUUUGUUUCUAAAUUGGGGAGGUUCAUAAUUGGUGACUUUUUAGAAAGUGACAAUGAUUUAUGUGCUUCUAUCGCAAAUUUGAUUUUCUCGAGAAUCAUUGCUAUGAAGGAAAAAACUUAUCCUGAACAAGAACUUGUGUGGCUAGCAACUUCUUUUUGGAACUUUGGUGUCAGCUUGAUUAUACUUGGAGAUUUAACUAACGGUUCGCCUUGGUGUGAUAAGGCGUUCCAAUUUGCUGGAUUGGCGAAUGAAAGAUUAGAAAUGCAAUUUCGAACCCUUUGGCCUCAGUUAUUGAAGGCGGGCGGGAGAUAA